AUGGCCAGGGCACUGGCCGAUGGGGACCUGCGGCACCUGCUGAAGCGGCACCGCACCGAGAUCGCCAUGGCUGUGGAUGAUGUCUUCCCGCUGCUGCACGGCCUGGCCGAUCACGACAUCGUCACCGAGCACAUGUUCAAGGAGACGCUGAGCCGGACGGAGCGGGAGGGCUGCCACCGGGCGCUGCACGCCCUGCUCACCUGGUUGCUGGGCCGCGACGCUGGCACUGUCCGUGACUUCUGGGCCGUCCUCUUCAAGGACUACAACCUGCAGUGCUACGCCGGCCUCCAACCCAUCCGCCAGCACUUCCCCCCAGCAAAUGCACACAGCUAUGGCCAUGAUGGUAGCAGCUACAAUGACCAUCAUGGCCUGCACUCCCUCCCUCUCUCCGCGCACCAGCAGAAUGAGGACGAGUGCGCGGUGUGUGGCGACGGUGGCGAGCUCAUCUGCUGCGACGGCUGCCCCAAGGCUUUCCACCUGGGCUGCCUCGUGCCCCCGCUCACUGAGGUGCCCAGCGGGACAUGGCAGUGCUGCUCCUGCAACACCCAGCCCCACGUGCACCAGGACCCUGCGGUGCAGCUGGAGCUGCUGGCCAGCACCCAGGUACCUGCCAGGCUGGGCCUCCCACCUCGGGGCUCAGCCAGCCCUGGUCAGGAGCCCUCAGGGCAGAGGCAGCUCCGCUCCCCACCUCAGGAGCUGGUGCCAAGCACCGCGUGCAGCAUCUGUGGGGCUGGAGGUAACGUGAACUACUGCGGCCGCUGCCUGGCAGCUUGCCACCCCUACUGCCGCUUCCCCGUGCACGGUGGCACGGGCCGCCCCACAGGGGGGCUCCUGCUGUGCAAGUCCUGCAGUGGUAGCUCAGACAUGACUCACCUGGAGGGAGCUACAGUCACUGCAGACAACGCGCCACCAGCAGGGAAGGGAGGUGACGAGCCCAGUGGGGACAUGGCUCUGGGCAAGGAAGAGCUGGACACGCUGCUGGGAGAGGGCUCCUGGGAGGGAAUCCUGCAGUGGGCCCUGCAGAACAUGACACGGCCCCGUGUGGAAAACCAUGGGAUCUUCACAUAG